AUGGCAGCACCAUUGGAUAACCAAGCAAGCGUCCAAGACCCUGUCCCUGCGAAGGAGAUCGUCGUUGAAGAAGGAGAUAUCGCGCUUCAGUUUGCUGGAGAUGUGACCGAAGUGAGCCCGGAACUCAUCAGUCGCGUUCGUUGGAAGGUUGAUCUUUUUGUUUUACCUUUGCUUGCCCUUACAACUCUUUUGCAAUUUCUGGACAAGUCAACCCUCAGUUAUGCCGGUAUUUUUGGCAUCCUUGAAGAUCUGACCCUGUCAGGAGAAGAAUAUUCUUGGUUGGCUAGUAUCUUCUACUUUGGGUACUUUGCAAUGCAGCCAAUUGGAAGCUACCUUUUACAGAAAUUCGCACCGGCGAAGUGUCUCGCUGCCAGUGUGUUCUGCUGGGGCAUCAUCCUGUUUAUGCAUGUUAUAUGCAAGAACUGGGCUGGUCUGAUGGCUGUUCGAUUCUUCCUGGGAAUGGCUGAGGGGGUUGUCACACCAGCCUUUAUGUUGAUCAGCACCGGUUGGUACGCUCGCCAAGAUCAACCACUGCGAAUGGGUUUCUGGUUCUCCUUCAACGGUAUCGCACAAAUUGUCGGCGGUCUACUCGCUUACGGAUUGGGCCAUAUUCAUGUGAACAACAUCGCGCCGUGGAAAUGGAUGUUCAUCAUCACGGCAGCUCUCUCCAUUAUUUGGUCAAUUGUGCUCUUCCUAGCGUUACCAGAUUCCCAAUUGACAGCAUGGUUCUUGAAAGACGAUGCCGAGAAACAUGCGGCCAUUGAGAUGGUUCGGGAGAAUAACACCGGUAUCCAUAGCAGGAAGUUCAAGAAGAAACAGGCCAUGGAAGCAUUAUGUGACCCCAAGGCUUGGAUGCUGUUCCUCAUGGCUCUAGUGUGGAAUAUUCCCAAUUCGGUUGCAACGUUUGGCAAUCUCCUUGUGGAAAACUUCGGGUACUCUACUCUUGAAACAACCUUGCUCGGAAUGCCCGCUGGAGCGUUGGAAUUUGUGAUCAUGCUGAUUAUCACCUACGUGUGCAUCUCAUUCAACAACACUCGUGUGUAUUGCAUGACAGUGGCUUUAGUUCUCGCACUGGUGGGAUCCGUUAUGGUCUAUGCAGCGCCCUAUGACAAUAAAGGUGCUCUUCUUGCGGGUUACUACUUGAUUUACGUUUUCCCAACUGGUUAUAUUCUCCUUCUGUCGUUGGCAUCUGCCAAUAUCGCCGGUCACACGAAGAAGGUUACUGUUAAUGCGAUGCUUCUAAUUGGUAUCGCCGGGCCUCAAUUUUUCAAAAAUAAGCAGGCACCUCGCUAUGGCCUUGGAAUUGGAGCCUGUCUGUGUUCGUUUGCCAUACUCAUCGUUUUGGUUUUGGUGAUGGGAUUCUACCUCAACUGGCAGAAUAAGAGACGUCAAUCUGACCGUUCAACAUCGGAGGCAGCUGUUGAGAAUGUCGAGUUUUUCGAUUUGACGGACGAGACUAACCCCGGUUUUGUAUAUGUGUAUUGA